UGUUUCAACAUGGCGGGUGAUGUAGGUGAAAGUGGUGAUGUUCAGUCCAUAAACUGGACUGCUGAGGUAGAAGUAAGCCUUUUUCAUGCCAUGCGUGGUCACAAACCUGUAGGUGUGAAUAAACACUGGCAGAUGGCGUGCAUACAAGAUAAGUUCAGCAAUGCCAUGAACAUGAAAAUCACUGCUGAACAGAUAUGGCAGCAUCUAGGAACUAUGUACGACUUGCAGGCUCUGCAUGACUCAGAGAUUAUACCAUUUCCUGUCAAGGAGGUAGACUUUAACUUACCACAAUCAGAGUUUGGCGAACAAAUGAAAGACAAGCAGAAAGGGGCUCAGAAAGGAAAAGAGACCCCGGGAAAGGAGAAGAAAGAGAAGAACAAAGAUACACCGAAAGAGAAAGGGAAGGAUACGGUGAAGGAGAAGGGCAAAGAUACUCCGAAAGAAAGAGGGAAGGAUAAAGAUUAUAAAGAGAAGGUGAAAGAGUCACCAAGGGAGAAGGGGAAGGACACAGUGAAGGAAAAGACAAGAGAACAUCACAGAAGUUACGAGAGAAGCCGAGAUCGUGAGAGCCUAUCGUCUGAUGAAGUGCCAGCAGUGAAAUCAUUGGCACGGUUAAAGUCGGAGCCGUCGUCGAGGUCAGCAUCGCCAGCGCCCUCUGACUCAGCGAAGCGAAAACGCGGCCGCCAGACGCAUUCUUCGGCGAGCCCCGCCGUGACGCCGCAUCACACGAAGCGGCUGCGGCGAGUGUGACCGAGCGGCGAUCGAAAAGUUCCCGGCGUCUGCCACGAGGUGGCGUCGCGUGUUGCUGACACCUGCUGUACAUAAUAGAUAGAGGGGGUUUGUUGCGUGUGAAUGCAGCACACCCCCCGUUAAUGUUAAUGUUACUGUAUAGAAUGCCGUAGAACAUGUAAACAAUAGGUUAUAUCAUCGGCUGGUUGCAUGGUCAACCACCUCGAAUGUAGAGGAUCAAGCUAACUGUAAAAACUUAAAUUUGAGCUCUUAAGGUAAAUAGGGGGAAGUGGCAGUAAACCAACUAGUGAGUCAGGCUAUCUGUGGAUGGUUACUUCAUUGUGUCUGCGUUUCUAACUACAUGUACUAUUAACACCCCAUUAUAUACUGUUUUGUUAUUCUAGCAGGACUGGAUGGAAUUUAAUGGAGGGAGUAUAAUGCACUAAUAUAUGCACCUCACGAGCAGUAAGUAGGGUAUGUUAGAACUAGGUGGGAUAAAGCAUUCUUUUUGUCUGCACACAAAAAAAAACAUUGCAAUGAUCAAUGGCACGUUUGUCUGAAAUUUCAUAAAUAAUCAUGACUUGUGAGUCUCAAGUGUCACACAUUGCAUUGCUUUGUACGAUACUUCACAUGUGAGACAAUAUGAGAUGACACGGCAUUGUUUACAACAAUAACACAUAAACAAGCACCUUACGUAAUGUUCGGUAAUAUUAUUUUUAUAUACACUGGAGUUGGACUCGACAAAAGAGAAAAAAAUGUGAUUGAGAAAAAAUGGUAAAUUGUGACAAAUACGCGUGUCGAUGUGUGUAGUUUGAGGUAAAGAAUGUUUAUGUGUUGAUUGACGUGUGUUUUUGUAUCAGUCCUGAUCCUUUGAUUAUAUCAUGUUCCUGUGAUGUCGUGUACAUAACAAUAUGGUAUGUGGGUUACUUUACAUGACGGUUACACCUUUAACUGGAGGAUAUACCGUUAACAGGUUUGUGUACGUGUGUCAAACAUAUGAUGCCGUGUUAAAAACCCUUUAUUAUUUGAAGAUAGAAGUUCAUUAAACAGAUUUGUAUGCAGAAUUUUGGACUUUUUUUGCCGUAAAUGUUCUCAAUUUUCGUAAAAGCAUUUCGUGCUACUCUCUUUGUAUCAAAGGUUAUCGAAUUCAAACCAAUAGUUGUCAUUGUUCCUUUACGAUAAAGAUUAUCAUGUACACGAAA